AUAUAUUUUCUUUUUUUUCUUCUCUUCAUAAAAUAUACAUAAAAAAAAAAAUAAAAAAAAAUGAAGAAGGUACAAUUUGCUUGUGAUGUUGAAUUUGUUGCUACAUUUGCCAAUGAAGACUACGAUCGAACAGCUCAAGAAGUAGCGAAAUUAACAUACAAAGAUAUGCUUGAAUUACUCACCAUGAAAUCACAAUGGAGAAGAGACAUGGAACGUAUGAUGGCCGAAAGAGAAACCACAGAAGAAAAAGUCGUCAAUGUGGAACCUAAUAAUUCAGCAUCGAGACUGUUCAAUGUACAAGAAAUUUGCAUAUAAAAAAAAAAAAAAAAAAAACCGACAACAAAAAAUUACACUCCACCCACAUUUUAUACCUCAAUAAUUAGCCUCUUUCUCUUAUAUCCUCUGCAUCACCCCCCUCUUCUUGUAA